AUGGCCGAUUUGCCGUCUCGCGAUGAAAUACCAUUCAUUUUGUCGUUUGAAAUCGUUCCGGGGGAUGUGCUCACUUGGGUACGCGCCUGGGGAGUCACGAGUCGUGGCUCGAAAUCGCCAGUGCUCAAAGAGCUCAACGUCGCGACCUGGGACCAGACCAUGACUUCGGCUGCGGUGUACCCCUCGCCACUGCUCAAUACGGAGUUGGGUGCUCGAGGGGAGAGCCGAGAAGGCAUUUGUAAUGGCGACUCGGGAGGACCGUUGACCAUCGAAGAAAACGGUACCGCGCGCUUGGUGGGGUUGGCCGUCUGGGUAAUUCGCUGUGGUCUGGGCGGAAAGCCAGGUGUGUAUGAACGCGUCAGCACUUCUCGUGACCUCAUUGAACCGUACUUGCCGAAGUAA